AUGGCGUUGCCCGCAGGCCCAGCCACCCUCCCGCACACUCUGCUGCUGCUGCCAGCCCUCCUGAGCUCAGGUUGGGGGGAGUUGGCACCGCAAAUCGAUGGCCAGGCCUGGGCUGAGCUGGCACUUCGGGAGAAUGAACGCCACCCCUUCACCUGCCGAGUGGCAGGGGUGUCUGGCACCCCCCGAUUGGCCUGGUACCUGGACGGGCAGCUGCAGGAGGCCAGCACCUCUCGGCUGCUGCGUGUGGGCGGGGAGGCCUUCUCUGGAGGCACCAGCACCCUCACCGUCACUGCCCAGCGGUCUCAGCAUGAGCUCAACUGCUCCCUGCAGGACCCAGGCAGCGGCCCGGCAGCCAACGCCUCUGUCAUCCUCAAUGUGCAAUUUAAACCGGAGAUUGCCCAGGUCGGGGCCAACUACCAGGAAGCUCGGGGCCAGGGCCUCCUGGUGGUUCUUUUUGCCCUGGUCCGUGCCAACCCACCUGCCAAUGUGACCUGGAUUGACCAGGACGGGCCGGUGACUGUCAACACCUCAAACUUCCUGGUGCUGGACGCCAGGAGCUACCCCUGGCUCACCAACCACACAGUGCAGCUGCAGCUCCGCCACCUGGCGCACAACCUCUCUGUGGUCGCCGCCAACGACGUGGGGGUCGCCAGUGCCUCGCUCCCAGCCCCAGGACUCCUGGCCACGCGGGUGGAAGUGCCACUGCUGGGCAUCAUUGUGGCCGGAGGGCUAUCGCUGGGCACCCUGGUGGCAUUCAGCACCUUAGUGGCCUGCCUGGUCUGCAGGAAAGAGAAGUCGACCAAAGGCCCCUCCCGGCGCCCGUCUCUGCUCUCCAGUGACUCCAACAACCUGAAGCUCAACAACGUGCGCCUGCCCCGCGAGAACAUGUCCCUCCCCUCCAACCUGCAGCUCAACGACCUCACUCCCGACUCCAGAGAGAAACCAGCCGACCGACCGACAGCUUGGAACAGCAGCCGGCCAGAGCCAGAGUUUCUGGAGCCAGAACCUGGCGGCCUCCUCACCAGCCGAGGCUUCAUCCGUCUCCCAAUGCUGGGCUACAUAUACCGGGUGUCCAGUGUGAGCAGUGAGGAGAUCUGGCUCUGA